GUUGAGGCAUCGAUCAAGAGUCUUGGUUUUGAGGUUGCCCCUGAAGCCACUGCCGAGCUAGUUGAGAUGACUCUCAUCCCCAAGGAGGGUCAGUUCCCCAUCAAGAUGAAGGAUGAGAUCAUCGGCCAGGCCUUUGAGUUCCUGAAGGCUAAGGGACUCUUCCUCGAUGAUGACGAGUCUGAUGAUGAGUUCGUUUUCGGUGAUGAUGAUCUUGGAUCUUUCUAA